AUUGUUAAAAAGACCUAGAGAAAGGAAGGGAAGGAGGCGACAUCUGAGAGCCCUGGGUCAAUCCUACCCCAUCCAGUCUCUAUCCUUGCUGCUUUGUUCCAUAUUUAGCUCCUGACAACUGUGCCUAGCGCAGGAACUCCCAGCUCUGUUUUUCCCUCCUCCCGCUUCUGCCUCCUCUCCCUUAGAGCUCUCAGAAAUUGCUCUUUCUUUUUCCCAGCGGCCAUAACUUAAUACCCCUGUACCCGAGAAGAUGGCAGAAAAGCAGGAGGAGCCCAGCAACACCCAGAACGGUGAACCUGAGAACGCAGAAGAGGGCGAGGAAAAAAAGAAGAAGUUGAAGCGGGAAGACCUGCCACCGUUUGAAAUUGUGACCGGGGAGCGCCUCCCAGCCAUAUUUUUCAAAUUCCAGUUCAGGAACGUGGAAUACAGCUCAGGCAGGAACAAAACCUUCCUGUGUUAUGUUCUCGAGACCCAAGGCAAAGAGUCAGUGACUUCUCGGGGUUACCUGGAAGACGAGCACGCGGCCGCCCAUGCAGAAAUGGCUUUCUUCAACACAAUUUUACCAAAGUGUGAAUCAAGCCUCCGCUACAACAUCACCUGGUACGUCUCCUCCAGUCCCUGCGUGACCUGUGCGGAUCGGAUAACCGAGACUCUAAAGAAGAAUAAGAACCUGCGGCUGACAAUCAUGGUAGGGCGCCUCUUCAUGUGGGAAGAGCCAGAAAUGCAGGCUGCCCUGAAAAAAAUGAAGUCAGCUGGCUGCAAGCUGAGGAUUAUGAAGCCUCAAGACUUUGAGUAUGUCUGGCAGAACUUUGUGGAACAGGAGGAAGGAGAGGAAGCAAAGGCUUUCGUGCCAUGGGAGGACAUUCAAGAGAACUUCCAAUAUUAUGAGGAAAAGUUGGCUGAGAUUUUGCACUGAAGCUCACGAUCAAUUCAGAAAAGAUCUAUGGAGAGAGAUGCGACAGACUCGGACAUCUGGAAUACUCCUGCUUUCCAAAGCUUUGAUUCCAGAAGGAUGGAAUACCAACUUCUGGAAGACUCAGCCCUGAUGGACUACAAAUACAUAUACAACACAGAUCUGUGGUGUUUGGGAAUGUUUUGGUUUAUUUUAUUCCUUCCUCCCCACCCCAAACAAACCCCUGUUGCCUCUGCUGAUAGGAAAAGAGAAGGCAAGGUACAGUGUGGUUAAAGCCUUGAGUGAGAAGGACUGCAGUGGACCUACAGGAAAGACUGGGGAAGCUUUACAAGACCUUAGAACAAAGCUGACAAUUAGAUAAAUACAUUUAGAAACUACAUACUUCAUUACAGUUUAAAAGAAAGGUAUUUAAGAUAAAAAAAAAAGUUUUUCUUCCUCUGUCCUCAAUAUUCAGAGCUGUGAUUUAAAUUAGGGCUAAUUGGUCUAUUCUAAAUUACGAUGGAACGCCAAGUACUUGAUUUCAAAUACCUUCUCCCCUUGUUCAAUGAUGUUUGUGAUGUUCAAUGAUGUUUGUGACUUUUCUGAGAAAAGUAAA